CAUUCCAGCACUUGAUGACCGACGCGUCUUUCUUUUCCUCCGCUAUUACUACAGAGCAAAAAGUGUUCGAAAUCACAUUGCGGUACCAGCAAUGGAGGCGAGGAAACCAAGAACCCGACGCCCACUGCGUAGAUCGUGCUUUCUACCCGGGUGCCUUGAGCAAGCUCAUCAACUGCUAAACAUUAGGCGCACUGAAGUUACUCUAAAUCCUCCUAUGAUUCCAUUUUGGCUCCUCAAAGACCUAUCCAUUGAAUUUCUUUUUGAUUAUAAGAAGACCAGUAUACCUCCGGUGGAAGCUCAAAUGCUCUUCCAGGAGUAUGUAGAGCUCAACUGCGACUCUGCUUUUUUCUUCACAGAUGGCUCAUGUCACGAAAAUCAGAUAGGUUCAGCAGCCGUCGGCCCUGGGCUUAGGUUUGGGACCCGGCUUCAAGAAUUUACGACAGUCUUUAGUGCCGAAGUUCACGCAAUCGAAAAAGUUAUGGAGCACAUCAAGGCAGAAAAGAUUGAUCGGGCAACCAUUUGUACUGAUUCGAAAUCCGCUCUUCAAGCACUGGAAAGGACCGAUAAUGUUACCCACCACGGUAUCUACAAUAUUCUCAGGAUCACAUCAGAUCUCAAUGAGGGCCAGCAUGUGACCCUUCUUUGGGUUCCAGGUCAUUACGGUAUUGCAGGAAAUGAACGUGCGGAUGUCCUCGCAAAGGAGGCUGCAAUGCGACCUGAUCCAGUUGUGGAACCUAUGGCCCAAGGGGACGCUAUUCAUAUGAUAAAAAUCAAAUUCGCCGAGUACCUUCAACGCAAAUGGGACCAACAUCAUGCUGCACAUAUGUAUGCGAUCAAACGAGAACUUAGAACAUGGGUCACAUGUAACCAACCAGACAGGAUACGCGAGGUGACCCUGGCCAGAUUGAGGUGUGGUCAUACUCGCCUCACCCAUGGCCACCUUUUUGAUAGGACAGGCCCUCCGAUUUGCCACACCUGUGACACACGCAUCUCCGUAGAGCACAUUUUGAUCGCAUGCACGGCAUUGCAUCACGAACGAAGACACAUCACUAACUAUCUUGCGAGCUUCGGUGGCAGACGGGUUUUCUCCUGCCGCUGGAGCAGGCUUAGAGGCUCAGCGGCCCAGCGAGCUACACCAGCGGACCCCGGCCGCUGAACAGCGGCGGCGGCCGGGUUGAACGACCACAGUCCACAGAAAACCGUCGGCCGCCAACUGCAGCAGCGACAGAUUCCCCAUCCUCCAAACCAUUCCUUUCAUCGUGACGCUUAAACAUUCACAAACCCCAUCCCUCCCAGCGACAUAUCCCCCACUCUUCAAACCAUUCCUGUCAUCCAACUCUCGUAACCUUACCAUUCACAAACCUCCUCCUUCCCUCCCUUCACAAACAUCAAUUUAC